AUGGCGCUGCGACUCGCUGCCCCGCUGCUGCGCCUGGUCCGGAGCGGCGUCCGCUGGGCGGGCACGGCCCCCCCCCCCGCCGCAGCCUUCGACUGGCGGGACCCGCUGGGGCUGGAGGAGCUGCUGGCCCCCGAGGAGCGGCUGCUGCGGGACGCCCUGCACAAGUACUGCCAGGAGCGGCUGCUGCCCCGCGUCCUGCACGCCAACCGCCAUGAGGUCUUUGACCGGGAGAUUGUGUCUGAAAUGGGGGCACUGGGUGUGCUGGGCCCCACCAUCAAAGGGUACGGCUGCGCGGGCACCACCUCGGUGGGCUACGGGCUGGUGGCGCGGGAGCUGGAGCGGGUGGACAGCAGCUACCGCUCGGUGCUGAGCGUCCAGUCCUCCCUCGUCAUGUACCCCAUCCUCGCCUACGGCACCCCCGCCCAGCGCGACCGCUUCCUGCCCCGCCUGGCACGGGGGGAGCUGUUGGGGUGUUUCGGGCUGACGGAGCCCAACCACGGGAGCGACCCGGGGCGCAUGGAGACGCGGGCACGCUACAACCCCAGCGCCAAGACCUACACGCUGCGGGGCUCCAAGACCUGGAUCACCAACGCGCCGGCGGCUGACCUGUGCCUGGUGUGGGCGGUGUGCGAGGAAGACGGGCGGGUGCGGGGGUUCCUGCUGGAGCGGGGGAUGCCCGGCCUCAGCACCCCCAAAAUCGAGGGCAAGUUCUCUCUCCGCGCCUCCGCCACCGGCAUGAUCGUGAUGGACGACGUGGAGGUGCCAGAGGAGAACCUGCUGCCCCACGGCAUCGGCCUGGCGGGUCCCUUCGGCUGCCUGAACCAUGCCCGCUACGGCAUCGCCUGGGGUGCUCUGGGCGCUGCCGAGGCCUGUCUGGAGACGGCACGGCAGUACGUCCUUGACAGGAACCAGUUCGGGGGGCCAUUGGCACGCAACCAGCUGGUGCAGAAGAAGUUGGCGGACAUGGUGACGGAGAUCGCCCUGGGGCUGCAGGCCUGCCUGCGCCUCGGCCGCCUCAAGGAUGAGGGCAGGGCAGCCCCCGAGAUGGUGUCGAUGCUGAAGCGCAACUCGUGCGGGAAGGCGCUGGCUGUCGCCCGGGAGGCGCGGGACAUGCUGGGGGGGAAUGGGAUCUGUGAUGAGUAUCACGUCAUCCGGCACCUGAUGAACCUGGAGGCUGUCAACACCUACGAAGGCACCCAUGACAUCCACGCACUGAUCCUGGGCCGGGCCAUCACCGGCAUCCAGGCCUUCACCCCCGGCAAACCGCCGGCACCGCGGAGCUAACGGGACCAGCCUCACGCCGCCGGCGGCAGGGCCAGGACGGCACCCGUGGGCAAUGCGUCUGCUCCUCGCGGGGAAGGACGUGGGGAGAUGGUGCUAAUGGCCGGACCCAGCGUCACCGGCGGGACUGGUGGGACCCGGUAUCACCAAACAGACCCGCUGCCAGGACUCGGUGUCGCCAGUGGCACCCAGCAGCCCAGUCGUGCUGGGCUUUGCUGCGGAGCCUCUUGGACAGUGAACUGCCUUGGUGCCUUUGCUAUCCCACGUGGCCACUCGCCAAUAAAAGGUGGGGAAAGCUA